GUAGCUCGGCGCGAAAUGCUUUGCGGCACACGCGAGGAAGGAGCUGCAGCUGGGCGGCGCUUUGCGGCGGCGCGGGGCGACGGCCGCUGUGAGCAGCGAAAAAGAAAACGUGAGGGGGAAGCCGCCCGGGAAGAAGGAGACAGGAUGGCGGCGGCGUGGCGCCCCGGGGCACCCGAGCGGGUGCUGACGGCCUCGCCCAACUGGUACUGCAGCCGCUGCAGCGACACCUCCCAGGACGGGCGCCUCUUCGGCUUCGCGGCUCGCAACAGCGUGUGCCUCCUGGAGAUCCGCCCCUCCGCGCCCUCCUUCCACGGGGAGCUAGUCGGCCACACCGAAAGAGUUUCGGGUUUCUCGUUUUGUUCCUAUCCUGGUCAGAACAGCUUCUGCGCCAGCAGCUCUGAUGAUGGAACCGUGAAAAUCUGGGAUACGCAGACAUUGACUGUCAUGACUGAACAUACGUUGCAUCAGAAUACAAUUUCUGCAGUGCACUGGUCACCGAAAAUGAAAGACUUGGUUGUGUCUGGUGAUGAGAAGGGAAUAGUAAUUUGCUACUGGCAUAAUCGAAAUGACAGCCAGCAGUUCUUCCCAGAGCCCAGAACUAUAUUCUGUCUCACCUGUUCUCUGCACCAUGAGAAUUUGGUGGCCAUUGGCUAUAAAGAUGGAAUAGUGGUUGUGAUCGACAUCAGCAGAAAGGGAGAGGUUGUUCAUCGACUGAGAGGCCAUGAUGAUGAAAUACACUCUCUGGCUUGGUGCCCUGAGCUUGGGGAGGAAGGUAUAUGUGGUCGACAAGAUGACUUCCAAGAAGACACUGCUGUUGGAGGUGUGACGGAAGAGGCAGCUGUAACAAAAGGCUAUUACUUGGCAUCAGGAAGCAAAGAUCAGACUAUCCGUGUGUGGAGUUGCACCAGAAGCAGAGUGGUAAUGACUCUGAAAUUGCCUUUUUUGAAAAGAAGAGGUGGAGGUGUUGAAACACCUGUGAAAGAACGCCUCUGGUUAACACUACAUUGGCCCCCAAGUCAGCCCACACACAUCUUAUCCAGCUGCUUUGGAGGUGAGCUGCUGCAGUGGGAUUUGACUCAACAUGGGAAGCGGAAAUGGGAACUUCUGGGAGCUUCAUCCGAAGGACAAAACCACUCCAGAAUAGCGUUCAAUUUGUGUUCCUUGGAAGUAGAGGCUAGGCAGUUACUUCUCUCCAUAUCAAUGGACAGGGAUGUGAAGUGCUGGGACCUGGCAACUUUAAAUUGCUGCUGGACGUUGCCUUCUCUUGGGGGUUUUGUGUACUGUUUGGCCGUUUCCCCCGUGGAUACAGGCUGCCUUGCUGUAGGAGUUGGGGAUGGCAUGCUUCGGGUGUGGAACACCACGUCUAUCAACAAUCACUAUGAUGUGAAAACCUUUUGGCAGGGCAUUAAAUCCAAGGUCACAGCUUUGGCCUGGCACCCAAAGAAAGAAGGCUGUUUAGCUUUUGGAACAGAUGAUGGGAAAGUCGGCAUCUAUGACACCUACUCCAACAAGCCCCCACAGAUCUCCAGCACCUUCCACAAGAAAACAGUGUACACGUUAGCCUGGGGACCUCCCGUCCUUCCGUUGUCCUUUGGAGGGGAUGGUGACAGACCUUCAGCAACUUUGUAUAGUUGUGCAGGAGAGGGGAUUGUCUUUCAGCACAAUCCUUGGAAACUUGGUGAUGAAGCCCAUGACAUCAACAAACUAAUCAGAGAAACUAAUUCAGUCAAACACAAACUACCAGCACACACAGAGAUCAGCUGGAAACCAGAUGGCAGCAUCUUGGCUAUUGGUAAUGAAGAUGGUUCUAUUGAAAUACUUCGGGCUCCUGACUUGAAACUCUUGUGCACCAUCCAGCAGCACCACAAGCUCAUCAAUGCUAUUCGCUGGCAUCACGAUCAUGGGGCACAGCCAGAACUGAGUUACAUGAUAGCUUCUGGCUCAAACAAUGCUGUCAUUUAUGUACACAAUAUCAAGGGUGUCAUAGAAAACUCCCCAGAGAGACCUGUGACAAUAACUGAACCCUUCCGUACUUUGGCGGGGCACACAGCUAAGAUUACUAGCUUGUCUUGGAGCCCACAUCAUGACGGGCGGCUCGUAUCUGCUUGCUAUGAUGGCACUGCCCAGGUUUGGAAUGUUCUGAAGGAAGAGCCUUUGCACAACUACAGGGGACACCGGGGCCGGCUGCUUUGUGUGCAGUGGUCACCUGUGGAAGCGGACUCCAUUUAUACUGGAGCAGAUGACUUCUGUGUUCAUAAAUGGGUAGCUACAAAGCAAGAGCACAGCCGCCCUCCCCAAGGUAAGAAGAACAUUGAAUUGGAGAAAAAGAGAAACACUCAACUCAAACCAAAAGCCAAGAAGAAGAAGAAGCCCUUGGGAAAGGUGCCUUCAAUACCGGAUGUAAGUGACUGGGUGAAUGGUGGCGAGAACGCGAAAGAGUCUUUCUUAGAGGAGAAUGGCCUGUCAGACCAAGAGGGAGAAAAGGAGCAACAGGAGCAGGAAACAGUAGAAAGGAUUUCCAUGGAAGUUCAUAAGGAUUCUCCAGUGUGUUCACCGCUUGCCUGUGUGACCGAUAUUCCAAAACCACAUGUGAUCCACAAGACCCCGCUUGUGAGGAAGGAUCAGUUUAAACCAGGAACAGAUUCUUCUAUGAAGAGGAAAAAGCCUCGCUCCAUCCUACCUCUCAGCACAUCUAUGGACCAUAGGUCAAAAGAAGACCUGCACCAGGACUGUAUGAGACUAGCAGCUUUCUUGCACUCCAAAGCUCAGAAUGAAGAUAUAUCCUCUUGUUCAAAGGAUCCUAUCCAUUUGGGGCUAUUCACAGACAGACCUGCCCUGUACAGAAUGAUAGAAGCAGAAGGAAAAAGCCACUUGGAGAAUGGACACCCGGAAUUAUUUCAGCAGCUCAUGCUGUGGAAAGGAGAUCUGAAAAGUGCUCUUCAGUCCGCUGCAGAAAGGGGAGAGCUGACAGACCAGCUGGUGGCCAUUUCGCCAAUGGCUGGCUAUCAGACCUGGGCAUGGACUGUAGAAGCCUUCGCAAAGCAGCUCUCUUUUCAAGAGCAGUACGUUAAAGCCGCGUCCCAUCUCCUCUCCAUUCAUAAAGUGUAUGAGGCUGUGGAGCUGCUGAAAUCACACAACCUUUUCAGGGAAGCCACUGCAGUUGCCAAGGCUAGGUUGCGUCCUGAAGAUCCCGUUCUAAAGGAUUUGUACACCAGCUGGGCAGCAGUGCUGGAGAAGGAUGGCCAUUAUUCCAUGGCAGCCAAAUGUUACCUGGGAGCUGCCUCUCCCUAUGAUGCAGCCAAAGUGCUGGCUAAAAAGGCUGAUACCACCUCCCUUAAAGCUGCUGCUGAGCUGGCUCUGAUAGCUGGAGAGAAAGAUCUGUCAACAAUGUUCUCCUUCAAAUGCGCCCAAGAACUUAUGUCUUCCAAGAAUUGGGUUGGGGCACAAGAUGUCCUCCAGCAGCAUGAGAGUUUGUUGGGACAAAGGCUGGUGUUCUGCGUCAACGAAUUGCUCCAAAAGUGCCUUACUGAAAAGAAUCUGGUGGAAAACCGAAGCCCAUCCCUACCUUGCUACCACAGCUGGACAGUGAAGCAAGAAUGCUCUUUCACAGAAAUGGUGGCCGAUGUGUGGCAGAGCAUAUUUGGUGUCGAUACUGCUGAGCAGUCCAAGAACCUGCUUGAACAGCUGAGAACUAUUGAGUAUCCUCCCGCUACUAGCCAUAGUCAUCCUAGGCAGGUUUUGUUCCAUAUUUCCCAUGAUCUCACACUGGCAAUUCUGAGCCAUCAGACAGCUUCCUGGGAGGAGACAGUGAAAGCCACUCUUGCAGCUGUGACCCGUAGCUACGAUGCUGGAAACUUCAGACUUAUGCAAGAAAUCUGCAACCUCCUCCUUCCUACAGGUUGUGCUCAUCUAAGAGAGAAGCUGGACAGCACAGAUUUGCAAAGUAUGGCAGCCUGCAAAAGCCUGGAGGCAUUUGUAGCUUAUGGGCAACUAUACGAUCUCUGGUGGAACCCGGAACCUGUGGAUUUGCGUGUCGUGGAACAACCAGGGCUGACCUCUGAGGCUUGCACUUUUGAGCUGUCCACUCCUGGCCAGAGUAACAGCGAAAGAGUCUCAUUGCCUGAAGAAACUGAAGUUGAAGAUCCGCUUUCAAGCGGGCAAAACAAUUGCACACACUCAGAAACUGAUUCAGUAGCCAGCUCAAGCCUAUUAGUGGAAAGACAAGCAAAACUGAGGGGCUGCAGAGUUCUCCUUUCAGAAGAAUAUGCUGCAAUCCAAAGUACAAAGAGAGAGAUCUCUAGAAUUCAGCAGACUUUGGCAGACAUGAUCAACCAACAUCAGAAAAACAACCUCCACCAAAGUGCCACCAACAGCCAAGAUUUAGCGGAAUCCCCAGCAAGCCAGAGUCAGACUAAGGAACAAGUGGAUGAACCAGUUUCUCUGCUAGAUUUGACAAAACAACUAACAGAAGCAAAUCAGAAACUGGCAGAGUUCCCGGAUAGUAUAAAGGUUUCUCCCUUCCCCGACGUACUUGAGUGCUGUCUUGUUGUGCUUCACAUGAGUGUCCAGCACCAUGAAGUAGUUCCAGAAUUACAGGAGAAGUCAUUAGAACUACUUAGAAAAUACAAAGGAACUCACAUUUGUAAGGACGAAAUAUGUCUCAUUCUAGAAUGGAUGAACAAGAUACUUCUACAUAGUCAUGCCGGUCCGUGAGAGCUUUAUGAAAUAAUGUGCAGAAAGAAAACCCAACCUACCAGAAGUACCCAUUUUUUUUGUAGUGCUGUCAACUUAUUUUUUUAUUUUGAGGAAAUACUCUGUGGAAGGAUUCUCUAAUGUACAUUCUCUAACGUACAUAGUUUCCAUGAACUUUCUGUGCACGACAAUUGACCAUUAAAUAGUAUAUGUUCUAAAAAUGAAA